AUGGCAUUCAUUCAUACUUCUUCAACCAUCACUUUCCUUCUAUCUCAACUGUUAUUUGCUUCUUUCAUGUUACCCUAUGCAGCAGGGAAUUUCUACCAGAAUUUUGAUAUUACUUGGGGAGAUGGUCGUGCCAACAUACUCGACAACGGUCAACUUCUCACUCUUUCUCUUGACAAAGCCUCCGGUUCUGGUUUUCAAUCCAAGAAUGAAUAUCUCUUCGGCAAUAUUGAUAUGCAACUCAAGCUUGUACCUGGAAACUCUGCAGGCACCGUCACUGCUUACUAUUUAUCAUCAAAAGGAUCAAAUUGGGAUGAGAUUGAUUUUGAAUUCUUGGGAAAUGUAAGCGGACAACCAUACAUUCUUCACACCAAUGUGUUCAGUCAAGGAAAAGGAAAUAGAGAGCAACAGUUCUAUCUAUGGUUUGAUCCAACUGCUGACUUCCACACUUACUCCAUUCUCUGGAAUCCACAGCGCAUUUUUUUUUCUGUGGAUGGAACACCCAUAAGAGAAUUCAAGAACAUGGAAUCAAAAGGAGUUGCAUUUCCAAAGAAGCAAGCAAUGAGGAUAUAUUCAAGUCUAUGGAAUGCGGAUGAUUGGGCAACAAGAGGAGGUCUUGUGAAGACAGAUUGGAAUGAAGGUCCAUUCAUAGCAUCAUAUAGGAAUUUCAACGCAGAUGCUUCCUCAACCAAUGCUUGGUACUCUCAACAAUUGGAUUCCACAUCUCAACAGAGAAUGAGUUGGGUGCAAAAGAAUUACAUGAUUUACAAUUAUUGCAACGACACCAAAAGAUUUCCUCAAGGCCUUCCAACAGAAUGCGCUGCAUCCUAA